AUGGACACUGGCAGGCAACCAGCUGCUCACAGGGUCCAAAGAGAAGUAGAGACGGAGGCGCACUUGCAGGCACACUGUGAAAGAGAAGCACCCUCUGCCUUGGGUAGAGGACUACAGAUCUCAAGAAAGAACAGACGGCUGUAUUGCAGAUUCUCCUGGAGAAGGUUCAGAAAGAUCAUACUCAUGAUGUUCCCUAUCCUGAACUGGCUGUUUUCCUAUCGGUUCAGAGAAUGGAUCAUGAGGGAUCUGCACGCAGGCCUAAGUGUUGGGAUGUUUCAGAUUCCUCAAGGCUCAUUCAGCAUCCUAAAUAUGGCAGCAACAAACGUUCUGAAGACACUUAAUUUUAACCAAACGUUGUCCUCUAAUGGUUCACCAGACAACUACUCAGACCCUUCUCAGGCCUUGACACUUACUGCAUCAAUAACAUUUUUGACUGGAAUCAUUCAGUUGCUGCUGGGCUGUUGUUGCCUGGGGCUUGUAAAAACAUACGUGCCAAAGACUCUCAUCGAUGCUUGCCUCACUGCAGCAGCAGUGCAUGUCAUUGUAGCACAGCUUACCUUUAUCUUUGACAUCGUGCUUGACAUCCCUGCAAGCCCCCUGGACAUUUUCUAUAUUAUCACAGUCACCAUUAUUUCUAAUUUCAUUCAUCUUCGUGCUGAAUCUAGUAAUGCUGUGGUCAGUAUGAUUCCUCAGAGGUUUCUGCCUCCUGCAGUGCCAGAUGUAUCAAACCUGAACAAGGUCAUACUGCAUGCCUUCUCCAUUGCUACUGUGAGCUAUUUCCUCCUUGUUUUUGUUGGGGAGAGGUAUGCUUCACUUCACAGCUACCGUAUCGCCAGCAAUCAGGAGCUUAUAGCUGUGGGGCUAUGCAAUAUCUGCAGCUCAUUUUUCAGAAGCUUUGUUGUUAGCUGUACUAUUUCUGGUACUGUCAUUCAGGAGAGGACAGGUGGAAGGACCCAGUUAGCAGCAGCAAUUGGAGCAUGUGUGAUGCUGGUGAUUGCGCUGAAUCUAGGACACUUUUUCCAGAUGAUACCUAAUGUUAUUUGGCUGGUAACUUUUGCUGCAGUGCUUUGUUUGGGUCUUGAUAUGGGUUUAGUGAUCGCCAUGGGAUUCACAUUCCUCCUUAUCACCAUUAGGUUACACAGGAUGAAGAUGGUGAUGCUGGGACAGAUUCCAAACAUGAAUAUUUAUAGAAGUUUAUCUGACUACAAAGCUGCAAAGGAGAUUGAAGGAAUCAAAAUCUUCCAGUGCUGUUCUUCCAUCUCUUUUGCCAACAUGAAUUGCUUCAAAACCUAUUUGUUGAAUAAGAUAUUAUAUAGUGAGAAACUGGUGAAGCGACCUUCUUCAGACAGCCAGUCCUCAUCAUCUUCAGUGAAUUUGGUACGUUGGUCAAAGUAUGGAGACAAACUCAGCUCCAGGAUGAUGCUGAUGGGAGCUGCUGAUGCAUCCCCAAACUUUAACAGAGGGGUUAGGACUGGAAGGAACGAGCAGGACAGAAGAGCCUGCCGUGCACCGGGCUCUGCAAUCGAUAAUUCCUCCGUACAUUUUGGUCAGGAACAACAGCCACUGCAUCAGCCCUGUCCAGUUCACACCAUUGUUUUUGACUUCAGCAUGGUGCAGUUUGUGGAUUUGACAGGUUCCGAUUUACUGCGACAGAUCAUCCAUAUGUUUCACAGUAUUGGCAUUACAGUCCUUAUAGCUGGCUGUCACUCCUCCGUGGUAGCAGACUUUGAGAAGAAUGAUUUCUUUGACAGCUGUAUCACCAAAGAAAGGUUCUUUCUAACUCUUCAUGAUGCUGUGCUGGCUGCUUUGAAGAAGCAUCAGAGGCCAGAUGAGCUAGACCGUACUGCAAGAGAGUUUGCUGAAGAACCACCAGCUGAACAGCAAAAG